AUGAGCCCACAUGAAUUGGUGUUAAAGCUAAAUAGUCCUGUUAUUUUAUUGCGAAACCUUGAUCCAUCAAGUGGCUUAUGUAAUGGAACAAGACUAAUAUGUAGGAAAUUCAUGCCAAACCUUAUUCAAUGUGAAAUUUCUACUAGGUUUUCAAAGGUUGAGUUUGUUUUAUUACCUCGAAUUACGCUUAGGGCACCAGAUGCAGCAGACUAUCCAUUCCAAUUCCAAAGAAUGCAAUUUCCAAUUAAACUGUGUUUUGCCAUUACAGUCAUAAAAUCACAGGGACAAACGCUACAACAAGUCGGAGAGUAUAUUCGCCAACUGUGCUAUUCCCAUAGCCAACUUUAUGUUGCACUUUCAAGAGCAAGAAAAUCAAGCACUAUUUGGAUGCUCGAUGAAAAUUCUCAACAAGAAUGCAACAAGCCACCCUCCAUUAAUAAUGUUGUUUCCUAUGACUUAUUAGCAAAAGCUGGAAUUUUAUAA